AAGGAUUUCCUGCUUUUACUUCAGCAACCCAUUUAUUGCUUAUGUGAAGCAGAAAGUGAACUAAGCAGCAAGAUCUCUUUGUAUUGUAGUUUUACAUUCGGGGAUUCUUAUGAACAUAAUAAAAAGAACACAGAUCAAGUGAAAAGUAAACUUAUAAGUAUCUGAAGACUUUUCCUUCCAACGCAAAUCACCUAAAAUGACAGAAGUCUAUACUAACAGUUCCAGUAAUGAAUCGCACACUUGUCCAUCAAUUGAUGAGUUCCGAAAUCAGAUCUAUUCCACCAUCUACUCUUUUAUCUUUGUUGUGGGUUUGUCAGGAAACAGUUUUGCAUUAUACGUACUUGUGAAAACCUUCAAACAGAGAACAGCGUUCAAUAUCUACAUGCUGAAUCUGGCAAUAUCAGACCUGCUGUGCGUGUGUACCUUGCCUUUGCGUGUGGCUUACUAUUCCUCCAAAGGCAGAUGGAUUUUUGGGAGUUUCAUGUGUAGAAUCAGUUCAUAUGCUUUUUAUGUCAACUUGUACUGCAGCAUUUACUUCAUGACGGCAAUGAGUUUUACUCGUUUCAUAGCCAUUGUGUUUCCUGUUCAGAACCUGAAAAUAGUGAACAUUAAGAAAGCCAAAAUUGUCUGCAGUGUGAUAUGGAUCUUUGUCAUGCUGACAAGCACCCCAUUUCUGAUGAAGGGUUCUCACAUUGAUGGGAAUAAAACAAAGUGCUUCGAACCUCCUUCACACUCUUCAAAAAAGGCUGUGUCUAAAGGUCUUAAAACCCUUUUGACCCUGAACUACAUUUCUCUAAUUCUAGGCUUCAUCAUCCCUUUCCUGAUCAUUAUUAUUUGUUACGCGUUUAUUGUAAAGUCCUUGUUGAAAAGCACAGCAGCCAUUAACAAGAAGAAAGCAUCACGCCGAAAGGCAAUACAUCUGAUUAUCAUUGUGCUGACUGCCUUUCUGGUCAGUUUCAUGCCUUAUCACAUUCAACGCACAGUGCACCUCCACUCCCUCUUCCAAGCGGGGGAGAAUUGCGAUGAAAUUAUUUAUAUGCAGAAGUCUGUGGUGGUCACACUCUGUCUGGCAACGGCCAAUACCUGCUUUGACCCACUCUUGUACUUCUUCUCUGGGGAGAACUUCAGGAGAAGAUUAGCGUCCUCCUUCCGUAGAAAGAGUUCUGUCUCAAGCAAUCAGAUGUCCAAUAAACGGUCAAUCGGCCGCCUGAUGGAACAGGAAAAAAAUGAUGAUGCCACCACUCCAGAUCAGCCAAAGAAACGUAACAGCGAUGACAACUAAAUCCAGUGCUCCAGUGCAUUACGUGGACCUUGAUGUAUCUCUGAGAUUCUGAUAUCUCUCACCAUAUUCCUAACAUUUUUUCCAAAUGCAGCAGUUUGCUAGAGCAAAAUUUUCUUAUUAUGUCAUGAAGAGGAAGUAAAUUUAGAGAAUGCCUUCUGGUUAUAUAAUAAUAAAUAAUAAUAAUCCUUGCGUUUGUUAUAGCACCAUUCACUUCUCCUAGCUAUCUCAAAGCGCUUCACAGAAUAUAUUGUAAAGUGAAUUUGUGGGAGAUGUGAACGCAUUGUGGAACUGAUUGAAGAGCAUUGCAUGUCAUUUAUCCAUUUGCUUCAUUACAGUGAGAAUAAUGAUGUUUCGGCUCCUCUAUUACUAUCUCCUUUAUUAUUAUGAGUUGUUAUUUUAUGCAAUACAGAAAAAUGGGGCAAUACUUUCCAAACCAUCACUGUCGCUUUUCAAUAGGUGUUUUUCAAUACAUUACCUUAAUGUAUAAUAAUACAUAAUAAUCCCUCCAAAACAAUA